CUUCCGCCCUCCCCCUCUUUCUAUCUAAUAUACUCCAACCUGUCUGUCACCAUGGCAGACAAGAAGACUUCCUCAGUAACGCCCCCCACCAACCCGCGCGGAAUCCCCGCCGCGCCCUUCGUCGACAAUGUAGCAGACUACGUAUCCUCGCGAAGCGAAGUGGAACCGACGCUACGAUCCUUCCAAGAGAUGAUCUCGAAGUACCAAUUCAUGGAAGUCAACACGCAGCGCCGGGCCCAGGGUCUACGCGACAAGAUCCCCGACAUCAAGAAGACAUUGGAGAUGGUGCGAUUCCUGAAACUCAGAAGAGAAAAUGCAAGUGCCUCAGCACUCGAAACCAACUUCGAAUUGAACGAUACAUUGUACGCUCGCGCGACGGUCUCCCCCGCCGAUACGGAGGAAGUGUACCUUUGGCUCGGAGCGAAUGUUAUGCUUGCGUACCCGAUUGAGGAGGCUGAGAGCAUGUUGGAUGAGAAGUUGGCGGCGGCGCAGAAGAGUCUGGCGAAUUGUGAGGAGGAUUUGGAGUUUUUGAGGGAGCAGAUUACGACGUUGGAGGUUGCGACGGCGAGAGUCUAUAACUGGGAUGUGGUGCAGAGACGGAAAGAAAAGGCUGAAGGUAAGGGUGAUGAGGAAGCGGAGAAGGCUGCUUGAUUAUCAUUUUAUUAGAGAGAUAUGAUAUGAUACUUUUAAUGUACUGUUUUUGUGUUGUUUCUAGCUUUGUCUCCGACUACCCUUUUGUAUGUAUUUAGUGUCAAAAGCAGGCAUUAAAAAAGAAAAUUC